GAAAAAGCAAAUGAUAAUAAAGCAGAAGAAAGUAAUGAAGAAACGACGGAAGAAAAUGAGGUGAAAAUGGAAAACGGACAUAUCGGAGAUGGCUUAACAGCAAGACGAUGGCUCGUCACGGUGGAGCCCGUUGACGCACUUUCACUGGCUUGUACCCUUGGCGCAAAAGGGCGUAUUUUUCGAGUUGAUGACGGCAUGGCCACAUUGCUUGGUUACGUUUCGAUGAGGGAACUGCUUGGCACCGAAAUUUCGAAACUGAUCCCAGCUGUUAAACUGGACUGUGACAAUGAGGAGCAGCAUGUUUGUGCACUUGGCGUUCGCGGUAACUCAAUCCCAGUCACUGUGAGGAUCAAGGCGGAAAGAGAUCCAAAAAGUGAGACUUUCUUUCGGAUAUUAUAG